CAGUGAAACAUGCACAAGCUCAAUUAUUCUCUCGCCCUUGCGACAAUUGAUCACAUGUCGCUAGGGCUCUUGCUUGUAUUGAUUUUAGCGCCUGAAAAAAACUAAUUUGGGUUUCCAUGUUGAAUGAUUUCAAAAUGAGGUGAGGAAAGCUUCACACGCAAGACAGAAGCCCUUUGACGGCCCAAAACAAAGAGUCUUCCUGCGCAGCGCGAGCGAUUGGCCGAAUGGACAGCUGAGGUGUGAAAAUAAACGAGGUCCGGUGGACACCCGAAACACGUCUAGACUGAUUUUGGCGCUGCUCAAACAUUUUGUAAAGGUUUCACGCGUUCCUGUGAUAUCUAGCUUUGGAAAAGAUUGGAGGUGUAGUUCAUAUAUAUAAAUCAUAAAUUCAGCCGUUCGUGACUUUCGCAUCGUGGACAAACUGUUCAUGAAACAUGCGAGAGUGACUGACUUGAAAUUCGCCAGCAGUUUCUCCAUUAACACCUUUCUGAGCCCAUUGCUUCAUUGGUGUACAAGUCCAGCUUUCCUUGGAAAACCAGUACUGAGAGGUUUUAAGAGGAGGAGGAAAUCUUUGCCGCACUGCGGGGACAAUUAAGGUAAAGUUUACGACACACGGCAACGUAACAUUGCGAUUUCGCGAUUUCGUGACUCGAAGUUAGCUCAUUAAUUCUUGAAAUUAUAAUGUAUAUAAAUGACAUCGCUCUUUUCUCCAGUAGCAUUAAUUCAGGUACACAGAGAGAGGAAGCCAAGAAGUAAAAGAAAAAGGCUAAUAGGACCUUUGAUGCAUACGGGAACCAAAGUCAUGAAGUAAGUACCUUGUUAUAAACAAUGCCAACGCUGUAUGAUGCCACCUUGGAACUUAAAAGUGACCAACAUGAACAGUAUUCGUGUUGCAGAGAACGGCGUUCGGUGCUAAGGUGGAAUUUCACGAACCACUGUGUCAAUAUUCACUGUUGUGUUAAAGUUUCAAUGAUGAAAAGACACGAGAGCUGAAACUAUGCUCACUGCGGCAAAAUGUUGUAUAACCGUGUUUUCGACGUUUAAUCAUUUCACGUGCACGAUUCAACUCAUGCUUUGAACACGGUGAAUUACCCGCGCAACACAAAAACAAUUACUGGCACAGCGAAUGAAUGAAUUUCCACUUGUACAACAUACAUGUCGACCUUGUAAGCUUUGUCGUCUUAACAAUGAAGUUUUUCCUCGAGCUCAACACGUGUUCCACUAACCACUACUUUUUCUCUUCGUUCGUUUCAGCAAAAUUUGGCGACCGUGGGUUGAUACACCUGAGCACGAUGAUAGAAAAACUCGACGACAAAGAUGCAUGGUUAGUUCGCCGUUUAAAUUCAGUUCUGACAAUUUUCUAAAAAUUAUGCAGCUCUUAGCCAUUUCAGUAACACAGUGGCUUAGUCAUCAAAAUUUCGUCACUUCAUGAAAUGGAGCUGCGACAAAUUCAUCCAACGGGCGGCAAAAAGCAAGUUUAGAAAAAAACCUUGGAAUUUAGUGGUGUUAAUGGAUUUGCAGCCUUUCUUACCGAAGACCGCGAAAGAAAAAAACAAAACAGUGUGAUGCUUCUUUGCAUAUAUCUACAAAGCUGUAUAUUUUAGGGGCAAAAAAUUUAAAGAAGUAGUGUUUAAUAUUGCCUCAUCUAUAGCAUCCUGUUUCACUUCGUAACUGACCAUAGAUACUUUCGUAGGUUGCUACUUUAACAGAAUCUUUUUUCAGCCCUUCGAAUACUAGUUUAAUUUUUUUUUAACUCUUGCGAUUCAAAAAUUUUUUUUUUUGGUUUUAUCAAAGAGAAAACUAGUUCUUAGCCUAAUUACCGACAAAUUUUCAAGAUGAAUAUGGCCUUACUUUUGCACCAAUCGCCGCCAUUUGGAACAGAAGUCCGAUGCCAGGUAGCUUUUUUCAUUUAUUUACUUCCUUGUUUUUUCGGCUUUGAAUGAACUCUCAGUAAACCGCUACUGUGUAGAAGUGAGAAAAAAAUACGUGGAUUCUGUUCUAGUUUGGAUUUUCUCACGGCUUUUUUACAGAUCCAUGAAAUAGCUUGAACGUUACUUGCUUAGUAGCUUUCACCUGUUCGGAGCGGAGAGGUUUUGUCGGCACGGCUUCAAAAAUUGCAUUUACUCAAACAAAGAGAAAUCAAAAUUUAUUGCUGUCCUUCAUAUCUAUGCUUUUAGAAUUGGAAUCAGUAAGGCCUCUUUCAGCGUCUAGUUUCAAGUUAUAUAUAUGAAAAAACUCGCGAAAAUAACCAAUCAAUGCGUUAACUGUUAGCACACUUCUGCAGUUCUGAGGCGGUACCUCAAAGAAUCUGCCCUGGGAGAUGCUACCGAAAAUUUCAUUAUCUUUCGGACCAAAAAUAUCAAAACGUAAUAUGUUUACAGAAACAAAAGCUUCCAUUGGGUCCCAAGAAUGAAAAACGCCAAUAAUGACUUGAAUCCAGAAAGAUUUAAUGAACUCCUCUUCGAGCUGUGCUUGGGUCCACCCUUUUCAUGAAAUCCUAUCGGUCUAAACAACGCUAAUUGAAAAUAUGGCCCAGCUCGACAAGUCUCUACCUAUCGGUGAGAUUCUUAUCAAUUUAAUAUUGGAAAAGUUAUCAUUUUUACUGCCUAUCUUAUUUUAACCAAAAUUCGGUGACAAACGAAACCUUGUUGUUCAUUAGUUUGAAGGUUUUUUAUGGUAAAUUAUUCGUGCGUUAUAAUUAUCAGGUUUAAUUUCUCACCUGUAGCCCGUUGACAGAUUUGUCAAAAAUGUUAUUCAGGGAACAAGUACUACCAGUCACUCAAGAUUUGUCUUUUCAUUUGACCGAUUUUCAGAAUUACCUCUGUCACGUCACUUGUCAGCUUUAUAAAGAAUGUCAUGUCCCAGUUCAUCGUUUUUGCUUAUCGUGUUUUUUUCUAUGUCAUAUCCUUAGGAGCGCAUUUUAGAGAAACUUGGCCGUAACAGUGAGGGUAAAGAACUGCACCAAUAAGUGUGAUGCACGCUUUGUUUCAUGCAUGCUGAAAUUUGCCUUUUCAAAGUUGCGAAACACGUUCAAUCCUGACCUGAUAACAGCAAUGUUUUCUCAAACUGCGAAGUUCUCAAAAUCCAGGAAGGGACGACGGUACUUUUAAAACUGAAAAAGACUUACAAAAUCUGUAAAGUCAAAAAAAUACGUAUCUACUAAAACGCCUUGCGUUUUUGUGACGAUUCCAUCACAAUUGAAACGAUCCCCAGUGUAUGGAAACCCCAGCUUGAGGAACCUUGCAUAACUACGACAUCGAAGCCAGCUGGAAAAGACAAUUUGAGAAGAAAGUAGUCCGUUCCAAGUGUUCAGAGUUGUGAUCGAUAGUCCGGGGGGAGGUACUUUAGGAAUUUUUGGGUGGGGAUGUGCCGCGGCCGGGACCCUGGAAUCCUUGGCCUAUACCAGAGCUACAAUAGUGCAAGUGAACUUUGCUACCGUCUAGACUUUUUAAAACUCCCCAAAUCCCCCCUAUCCUACAGGAGCUGUUUUCCAGAAACUACUGAGGUCACUAGCACAGUCCAGCCAAACCAAAACCGAUUUGAUUUUUUUACAGUUUCGAGUGGCAAUUACCGGUUUCCCUAUAGGCUAGUCUAGACUAAAAUCUUCAACCAAUUGAUCAGUCCCCAGAGAAUGAUACCCUACUCUAGACCAAAACUCUCUGAUUUAUAUACCCUAUCCCAGAGUAAACUGCUUGAAAACCAUACCCUUCACAGCAGCACAUACUUAUAUAUCCCAUUUAUGGUAGUACCUCCCCCCCCCCCGGUCGAUAGUAGAGCACCUGGAAAAGUCUUGAUCUGCACGUGCGUUUCACAUUUUCAUUGAUGCCUUUUUGAUUCCGUUGUCUUCAUCAACGUCAGCCGAUUUUGUGGAAAACGUGAGCUCACAAUACUAGGAAAUUAAAGUAACUUUUACCAUUCAAAACGAUAUAGUAAACAAUAUAAGAGAAAUUACUAUUCUUUAAAAGAAAAAAAUGUGAAAUUAGGUGUCGCGGUGUUUUAUAGGCCAUCAAAACUAUCGGAUCCUUCUUGAAGUACUACGCCCCUGCAGGCGUUAUGGUUGCCAUUAACGUGGGCUUCGAUUCUUGUUUCAACGAAAUUAAGUUUAAUUUUGUCUCUUAUUUCCGAGGAUAAAGUCUGGUUUAACCUUUUUGGAAACUAAAUAUCUCACAUAUCUGGCAUUUGCACAAGUACAGCGAUGAUCGACAUGUGUGAAAUCCACACGCGUGCGCGUGAGGCUAAUCAAAAAUAUUUAUCUACUAGAUAUUAUUUCCUCUCGAUCAAAGCGCUGUUGAAAACGGCUAUACAUAUACUUCCGUUGUGCCAUUAGGCAAGACCUAAUUAAGACAGGUUUUGAGCUAUUUUGAAAAAAUAGCUAAUACGUCAGUAGUUUGAGCGUAUGUAUCUUUGUGGCUUUGUAUGUUCGGAUGUCUGUUGCAGGGGCCAAUAAGGUUGAAGGUACUAUGAGUUGAUGCGUAGGAACCAAUGAGAUUUUGGCAUCUAACAUGACUGCUUUGAAAAGUCAAGCAAGGGCACUUUGAGAACGCCAUCUUGAUCUUCGCAAUUUUUUCGUCUUUUAUUACGGCUGAAAGUGUUUAGAAGCACAAAAUUGAAAUAUCUUUAUGAUUCAAACCCUGAGCAGGGGCGUAGCCAGGAUUUUUCAAAGGGGGGGUCACAGAGGCUACUCACCAGAUUGUCAGUCGUAUUAUCGCGGCAUGAAGGCCCAUAUUAACUAAAGACAAGAGCCGUUGACGAAAAUACUUUACAAAAAAACAAAUUUUAAAAAAAGUGUGCUUUUCAACAAUGGCUUUUACGGCCAAGAUAUUGUCAUGCCGUUUUUGCCACCUGAAUAUUGUAGGUUGUUUGCUCAAAAGAAGGCCUACCAAGGGGGGUCACGGGCACCCCAGGACCCCCCCCCCCCUUGCCCAGCUACGCCCCUGCUGAGUACAGUGAUGCAGCUUUUUAGGGGUCCAUACUUUAGUGUGGGUGCUGCUUCAAGACAUUUCUGACCUAAUUCGGCUAUCACGAACAGUACAACACACGUAUUUCAUAAUUUAUGAGUUCUGUUUCACCUGCUUCAAGGUUAAACAGGAGUGUAAAAGAUCAUAUAUUUUUCAAAGUUCUUCCAAAUUUAGAUAUGGACUUUAAUUCUGAAGUAUGCGGCCUAUAAAUUGUGGUUUUAGAAGUUUGAAAGGCGAGGCGAGUAUUGUUAAUCCUGUAAACAAGCUCAGUCUCAUUCAUUAAUUGUUAAAUAACUUAUAGCACUUUUAGAAUCAAGUCGUCACAGUUAGAGACUGUUUCAUUAAGUAGAAUUGCACGUGACAACCUCGUGAAUCAUGAAUGAUGAUGCAACCAUCGACAACAAUGAUGAAAAUCGUGGCAUUUCUUAGCUGUUCGGUACGGUAUUCGAUGAGCUUCGUUAUAUUAAGAAUCCACAAAGAAACCUUGAAACCUUCGAGUCUUCCCUCUCAGCAACUAAAUUUCGCCCAGGAAUCGCUUUUACCAUUUGUACAAAUCUCGACAAAUCGGUUCCAUUUACCGAAAAAUGGCGCGAAAAAUAUACCUGAAACUGGUAUCAACACGAAUUUCCGUUUGGAACAUUCCGUCCGGGAAAACAGGACUACCUUUUCAGAUGUUCUGUUGCUCCCGGAAAUCUUCCGCUGGAACGACCCCUAAAGUGUUUUUACUUUCCAACUGGAUUUUCCGGAAACUUAAAAGGUAAACAACCACAGAGUUGAGCUAAAUGGGGUGCGAAACUGCGUAAUGUUUCGCGUUUUGCCAGCGUAGAGGAUCUCAAAGAGCAACUCCUGGACAAAUGGUGUUCCAGCGAAGAUCGUUACUGUAAGGUCCUGGCAUCAUGAACAGUUUUCGUGUGUUUGUUUUUUGCCAAAGUAAAAAUUGCGUUUCUCUAAUAAUCCCAUAAUUCCUUUGGGUCAAAAGAUACAAAGAGCGCUUGUUACCAUGCAACAACAGUGCACAUGCAUCACACCUUUUGUACAUUUCUUUGCCGUCAUGUAAGUAGGCCCUUGCCCGCGCCCAGUCCUUAGGCCUCAUUAUUCCGCGUAGCCAAUGCGUUUCGGGUCACGUGGUUCGUUCGCCUCAGAUACGCCACCGAAGUGAAUUGACCGAGAAGGCCUGGGAAUACGCCUUACAGGGAGUAAACAAAGUAGGCCCGAAUUGCUUACUUACAAAAUGAGGCCAAGUGCAAACCUUUCAAAGGAAUAGAAACCUUUUUACUUAUCGUACCCCAUGACCUAUUUCGUGCAACCCUGAAGACCUUUUCCCUUUUCUCCUUUUUUGUUAGUCUUACGGACAGCAGGAUAACGGCCAAGGAAAUAACCUACAAAACCUGCAAUUCAAACAUCCAGUCAGGUAUGUCAGAGGCGGAUCCAGGAUUUUUCGUAGGAGGGGGUGCACUACUAAGGAAUGGCGUAAUUGACUGGUGACGUAAACAAAUUUUAAUAGCGAAUACGAAGAAGAAGGCUUUCGACUAGGCAAUAACAUAAUGUGAACUGCUGAGAAUACAUAUCAAAUGAUAAAGCAGAUUUUGUAUAACUGUGAAGCAGACUGCACAGUGUUAAUUAGAAAGCCGCAGGUCAUUUCAGGGGGGUGGGGGGUGCGCCACCCCUGCACCCUCCCCCUAGAUGCGCCCCUGUAUGUUCAGUAAUAACGUGUGCGCUUUCUUCAUUUCACAGCGUUUAUUUCUUCCGGGCUUUGACAAAAAAUUGUCACCUCAUAGGUUCUAAGGGUGGUGUAGAACGAGCGGCCUCUCAUUUUUUCUUAGUCCGUCAAGCGAAAGCCGUGAGAAACGGAAAUGACCGAGCUUGCCACUCGCGCGCGUUAACUGACUUUCCACUAACUUUGAGGAAAAAUAAGAGAAUGCUCGCAUGGUGUGAAAGUUCCGGGCCUCGAAAGCAGUUCAAGGUUUGGGUUUAUGUUUUAUUGGGAAAAUGUGAACGCCUGAUACAUGUUCUUUAGGUAGAUUACCACGAACGGGACCAGUCUUUUCUUCUAUGUAUACUAGAUCUUUGACUUUUUUCACGUGACAUGUCACGUGGUCAUCUUUUUUUCCAAAAAAGUACGCCCAUUCACCCACUCUUUUGUACGCCGUAAGAACUUAAUUUUAAUGAUUCUUCUCUUAAAUGUUGUGCAACUUGCUUCGUAGGUUAGUUUGGACCAAAGCUGUGUAUGAUUAUAUGUACGCUUCAGGAGAAACACUUCUCCGGAAUUUUCCAGUUCAGGCCACCAUUCAGGUGGUAGAUUGGGAUAACGAAAGCAGUGACGAAGAAGACGAAGAAGAAUUUGAAUCAGACGAUCAAGAUAUAAUAAAACAAUGCACACAGUGUAAAGAGAUGCUGAAUCAGUGUCAGAAAUGCAGGAACUGCGAACAACAAGAAAACACAAAGUAAUUUCAUACUACUAAUAUUUAUAAUAAAUAUAUUGUAAAUAAUAUUACUCCUCACACGAGGAAAAAAGGAACCUGUUUGAAACAGUUAUUUUAGGCACUGUUAUUUUGAGGUUUCUGCGAAACACUUGGUGAAAGAAAAAUAGUGAUAGCCAGACAUAAUUAAUUAUUUAAAUGAAAAUAAAUAGGUAAGAUUUAAUCAUAAGUUUCAUAGAUCGACAGGAUCGAUUACAUUAAAGAGGCUGUUUCUUUAAAUCCAUCUCGUUCAGCCGUUAAAAAAGACGCAAACGAAUACCAGUAUUCAAAGCUUUCACUGAAGCUCUCUGUGGUUUGUAAAUGAAAUAUACGUAACACUCGGGGUCGCGACUUACGCCCUGUCCACACUAAUGCGUUUUCAAAAGUGUGCGUUUUCGCACCGAUCUAUUCGCGUUCACAUUACCGUUUUGAGGCGUUUUCUACUGUCCAAAUUAAAACGUUCGAAAACUAUAGAACUGCAUGUUGUGACGUUAAGUUGAACUCUCUGCGCAUGCUACUAACACACGCAUUUGCGAUGGACCCUUUUCGACCGUCCACACGAAUACGAUAUGUAUGCGUUUUCGUUUGAGUCCACUUUCAAGAGCGUUUUCUAAUCGACGCGCUUUCGAUGAAAACGCUCAGCGCACUAGUGUGAACGGAAGCCCUUAAUUCAUCGAAAGGUAUACGUUUUCAUACAAAAAUGCAUUGGUGUUGACAGGGCCUUAUUUGUUCGUCAGCUGUGAUUGUCAUUUACAAGUCCUAAUUUCUUCGUUAAUGUCAAGCUCCACAGAGAGGAAGGCUGCGUAUUUGGAAAAGCUACCCAAAUGGACUGGACUGCUUUCACAUAGCCUCUUUAAUUUAUAUAGUAUUGUAAUUUUAUUAUUUUUGAUUGUUUUCAUUGCUGAUUAUUUAAAUCUUAAAUAUGCUUGUUAAGUAAUAUUUAUAACUUGUUGAAAGAGCUUUUGAGUAGCAGGUAUUUUGCCGGCCUGUAACGUCAUUUUAUGCGCCGUUUGGUGUCUUAAAAGUUUCUCUUAAAGUCCUUAAAGAGUAGACAUUUUGCUGAAAAAAGCCUUUUAACAGGGGCUUAAAAAUGGUCUGGUUUGAGAUCAAGUAUAACUUUAAUGUAGCAACACAAUCAGACGAUGAGUGUUGGUCCCCAGUCUUACCCGGUUCGGUAUACAGAAAAUAAAUGAAUUGAAACUUGAGAAAGAAAACGUAGCAUUAGAUUUUCGUCUCAAAAAACGGAAAAGUAAACAACCUCUUGAUCCUCGUUCAGUAACGUUCCGAUUUCUUUCCAUAAGCUCUUACUAAAAAAUUACUUUGUAAAAAGGAGCAUUUUCAAAGAUAGGUUUGACCUAGAAGGUCUAAAAAUUCCAGUUACAAAACACAUUCGAGUUCAACAAAUGUUUCAGAUUGUGCUACUUGAGUCGUUGAGUGAUUUUACGAAACCCGUGAAACAAUAUGUAACAAUUCAGUAGUGCUAAAUAGUGACAAGUAAACAAAAGAGUGGAAUUAGUGAGUAAUAGUUCGUAGUAGUAUACUAUCUAUUUCGU